UAGUAAAAGUUGAAUAGCAAAAUUUAGAAGGGUGGAAGGAGGAGAUGGAAGGGUCAAAGGGCUCAAGAAUUGCUUCACUUAUCCUGAGAAUCCUGACCUUCAUUUUGAUCUUCAUUUCUCUCCUAAUCAACGCCACAAAUUCCAAAACUUUGAACAAAGGCGCUGAAAAUGAAACAAAAUUUAAGUUCAAAGAUGUUUAUUCCUAUCGAUAUUUGAUAUCAACCACUAUUAUUGGAGCUGUUUUGAGUCUACUUCAAAUUGCUCUCAACAUUUACAACGUCGUUACCAAAAGCCAUCGAACUCUCCUCUUCGAUAUGUUCAGCGACAAGCUGUUGUCGUAUCUUCUACUGUCGGGGGCCUCGGCGGGGUUAGGCGCUGGCAUCGAUUUGAGAGUAGGUCUUAAAGAGCUGGUUGGCAACCUUUUAAACUCGUUUUUGGACAAGGGAAAUGCUUCGGCAGCCGUUCUUCUCCUCGCUUUCAUUUGUGCUGCCGUUGUCUCAAUUCUCUCUUCCUUGGCCCUCAUCAGGAAGCCUUGAAAAUAUAGUGUUGGUCUUCCAUAUUUGCUUUGUAUUGAUAAUAUAGUUUUUAAUAUUUGUUUAACAAAAAAUAGGAACAAUCUCAUAUUAUAAAUUAUGAAUUAUUUUUCCUUUUUUUAAGAGUGCGAUUUUACAUUUUCGUUUGCUUAUUGGGCUUUUUCUACAUAACCCAAUAACAUUGUGGCCCAAAUAAUUAAUUGGUAUAUUCAAUAUUAAUCAUUAUUAAUUAAUAUAUCUUAUGUAAUAUAUUGCAUUUACAGAUAAAUAGGAAACAAAGUUGAAAUAAAUUUCAGAUUUUUCGAUGUUUUUCAUGUGCGUGCUUCAGAUCUUGCUUCCAAAUUGGUCCUAAGUCGAUGAAGCUCUCUGAUGUAAUUAUGUAUUCUGUCUAUAAUCAGCACGAGGAAUAGCGAGAAUCCUGUUGCCAAACACUCCCAAAAUCAAAACCAUUUCAAAAUAGCUCAUUCAUGAAUAUAUUGAACACAAAAUCUUAAA